AUGGGGAGAGAAGCUAGAGUAUCUGUCCCGGAUGAUCUUCUCGAAGUCGGUCCUGAUGUGUCACAAAAUUCUUCAGGGCUGCCCAUCAGCAAAAUAGGAGACCAAGGUGAUAAGAGCUAUCUAUUGAAACUUUUCAGAGCUCUGAAGAUGCGCGUGUGUUAUGAGCCAGCAGCUUCAAUAUCCGAGUCUUUGGUUGCUAUAAGCCCCGCAGCAGGAUGCCUAGAGGAUUUUCCUCCUAUAAAUCACUAUGAAGACCUACAGUUCCCGCUGAUUCAAUGCGCUAGUUCUCGCAUGGACCUCAUUGCACUUCUCCCACCUCCUCAAUAUCUUCACAGGCUUAAGGAAACCUAUUUUCGUGUCUCUUCGCCACUAUUCCAUAUUGUUCAUGAGAUAACUUUCGAAGAGCAGUAUGGAGUAUUUUGCCAAGAUCAAAAUUGUGUUUCUUUGGGAUGGCUGGCCUUACUUUAUUCUAUCCUAGCCAUGGCGGUAAACGCACUUGAAGAUGACGAUCCCAUAUUAUGUGAUCUGAGUUGGGAGAUGUCUGCGAGUAAAAAUAUUCAAGUGCUGUCUAAACGCUAUUUAAUUGCUGCACAGCGCUGCCUCUCAGCUGAUGGCUCUAUGGAUGAAUGGUCCAUUAAUUCCCUGCAAGCCCUACUUAUCACAGGCUUCACAAAGCUCCACCAAGGCCUACCUUACUGGCAGUUGAUUGGAUUUACGCACUACGUGGCUGUAUCUAUGGGCUGCCAUAUUGACCCAAAGAUAUUUGAAUUUGGGGAGAUUAAGCAAGAGGAGCGCCGUAGGGCUUGGGCUGGACUCAUGGUUCUUCAUUCUGUCCAAAGUCCGUUUUCUGGAAGUUUACAUCAACGAAUCUUCAUGGAAGAUGUAAAUCUGCCUGCUGACGUUGAUGAUAUUGAUCUUUGCGUGGCAAAUACUCAACUAUACAUGACGAACCACCGGGCCUCAUCGACAGACGUCCCACCAACGCAGAUGACUUUCCUUCUCCUAAGCCUUCAUAUCCAUAAGAUCACCAACAUGAUAUGUGAAUCAAUCCUCAAAUACUCUCCGAAACCACGAUUUUCCAUAUCUGAACUCGAGGCAGAAAGCAUAACAGUUCUUGAAAUAUGCAAUACACGGUAUCAGCCUGAUCCAAACAAUGGGCCAUUGCAUAUACAAAAUCAGGCUAGCAUUUACAUUCUUCAAAUAAAGAUUCGCCAGCUUUUCCUUCUUCUUUUCACUCCCUCCCUAUGUCUCUUCCUUCAAGGGGAACGCUCACUUGAGAUAUGGACCAUAAGAUCCAAAUGUGUCUUCUAUGCCAAGAGUUCUUUGGCAAACUUCCAAACAUUACAUGAGUCUGAUUAUUUGAGCUCGUACAAGUGGUACACUCGCGGCAUUGGCUGCUUUAAUGCCUUUCAAGCAGCCGUGGUCCUGGCAAUGAACCUGUUCUAUCCAGGGGAUCAUGUCGAAUUUAAUGAGACAAUAGGAAUCCUACGCCACACGGUGGGAAUUUUCGACCAUCUCUCCACACAAAGUGGCUUAGCAAGCAGAGCAUCUCACGGGAUCAAUAACAUUAUGUUUGUUUUCUUCUAA